AUGACGGUUGCGCCAGUGCCAGGCGCAGCCACACCCGACGUGGCGACGGCGGAUGCGCCAGUGCCAGGCGCAGCCACUCCAGAUGUGGUGGCCCCCGAGGCCUCAGCUACGGCGACCGUCGCGCCGUCAGCAGACUUGGCGUCGGCGAGAGCAGCGGCGACGAGUACGGCAACGACGAGAACAGCGGCAGCAGGUGCGGCAACCGUGAGUUCCUCGGCUCCUGAGGUCCCGACGUCUGUACCGGACUUCCCCUCCCCCAGUGCUCAACCUGCAGAAGAGCUGGAGGAGGUCUCUGGCAGGCGACUUCUGCAGGGUCUCCCGGAGGAGGAAGCGGCUCAUCCCCUCCCUCGGGUGCUGGUCCAGGUGUUCGACCGGGAGUUCGCAGUAUCGAGCCGGGAAAAAGCCCUGGCGCAGCGGGAGGAGACUUUUGCCCAGGAGGUGGCCAGCUUCGCAGCUCAGCGAUCCGAUCUUGAGACUCGCCUCGCGGCCCAGCUGUCCGAGCUUGAGACCCGCAGCCAGGGUCUCGAGAUCCGCAAGCAGGAGCUGGACAAGCUCUCUGUGACCCUGGCUGGAUGGUGGAAGCAGCUGGAGGAGAGGGCCAGCAAGCUGGCUGUUGCCGAGUCGAAGCUGGAGAACGAUAGGAAGUCCCUUGAUAGGCGGGAAUCCCACACCGCCAACAUGGAGAAACAGCUUGAGCACCAGCGCGACUCCCUCAAGAAGCUGAAGGAUACCCCGGCGCCCUAG